AUGGCUGGAGAUGUGGUAACUAAAUCUGUGUCACUUUCUACAAAAUUGCUAUCUAAAACUUUGGUAAUCCAUUCGACGUGUUUGUCAAAGGGUCAAACGGAGAAGGUCGAUGGGCUUGUCAAGAUUUCAUAUAUUUUCAAUGAGAACGCUGAUAAGGAUCCUGAGGUUAGAGUUUUUGUAAAGGAUGAAGGGUCGAUUGGGAAGAAAAUGAGAGAGGCUAGGUUGGCUAAAGGGAAAUCGAUUUUAUUGAAGAAGGUGAGGUUGUAUGUACAAAGUAUGGCGAAGGGUGAUUUGGAGGCCAAAAGGGUGGAGGCGAAGAGUAAUCAAUUGGUUCUGCCUGUGGCAGCUAUGGAGACUGCCCCUACGGCGUCACAGCGAGCAGUGGUGGUUGAGAAGAAGAUGAGUAAAGGAUUUAGAAGCCAUAAAAAAUAA